AUGGCGUCUGAAAAUCCGGGGCCCAAGAGCAAGUUCGAGGUUGCGCUUUUCCUGGCUGCUAGUAAGGGGUACGAGUCGAUUGUGCAACUUUUGCUCGGCACCCCUGGUGUGGCACUGGAUUGUAAGGAUGAAGAUGGUCGAAGUGCGCUUUCCUGGGCUGCUGAGGAGGGUCAUGAGAAAGUAGUUCAGCUCUUGAUGGCCAGCGGGAAUGUUGAUGUUAACGCGAGGGAUACCAAGCUCGGUCAGACUCCUCUCUGCUGGGCUGUUAAAAACGGACAUGAAGGAGUGGUGAGCCAGCUUCUGGCGCGCAGUGAAAUCGAUCCCAACAUCCCAGAUUUGAACGGUCAUACACCAUUGUACUGGGCUGCUGAGAAGGGAAAGCCGACGAUAAUGGCGCUGUUGCUGAAGAGAAAUGCCGACCCUGGAAUCAAAGAUGCUACUGGCCGGACGCCAUUGCUCUGGGCUGCGGAUAAAGGCCAUGUUGAAGUUGUCAUGUUGCUCAUUGGCUCUGGUAAAGUCAACGUCGAUGACGCAGAUGCUGCUGGCCGUACGCCCUUGUGGUGGGCUGCUCGAAAUGGGCACUUACCAGUCGUGCAAUUGCUGGUGCGACAGGGUGCCAACUUGGAAGCGCAUCCUCCUAUCGACAGUGAGACACAAGGACCACAUGGCACACCACUGUAUCAGGCUGUGCGCCAAGGACACAUCGAGAUGGUCAGAUAUUUGGUGAGAAAAGGGGCGGAUAAGAACUCACAUUUCGGGGAGCUUGGCCUGCCAUUGGUGUUGACACUGGUCAUGUACGAUAGAAGCAAACGCAGUAUGAUGAAGAUGCUGCAGCUUUUGCUGAAGAAAGGUGCAGAUGUCAACGUGAAGGAUAACUCCGGUCAAACAAGCUUACAUAUAGCGACUAAGAAUGGUGAUGCUGAAUUGGCUACUCUCCUCCUGCAUAUGGGCGCAGAAGUCAACGAGUUGGACAAAGAGGGCAAGACACCCCUGCAUUAUGCAGUGCGAUAUGAACAUGAUAGUAUUGCAGAAUUGCUACUGUCCAGUGGCGCUGAACCUGACGCACAAGACGACCUCGGCGAUACACCCCUCCAUAUUGCAGCCUCCGGCGUUUCCAGAAGCAUGGUAGCCUUACUACUGGAAAGCACAAUGGAUAUCAAUGUGACAAAUUAUUCUGGAGAGACCCCCCUGCACAAGGCUGCCGAGCGCGGCCAUCGCAAAAUGGUGGACUUCCUGGCCCAAAGCGGGGCAGAUGUUGACCUGCAGGACGACUAUGGGCGAACUGCUCUGCAUAGGGCAGUAUCCUCCAAAGGCCAUGCAAUGAGACUACUCGUGAAUAGGAACGCAGACGUCUUUGCUAGGGACAUGUUCGGACAGACUGCGCUUCAUAUGGCGGCCAAAGCCGGGCUCAGGAACGACGUGUAUUUCCUUCUUGGCCACGGAGCCUCAGCAGACGAUAAAGACGACAGUGGACAGACAGCACGAGACUUAGCCGCUAAAGCAGGACAAACCGAUGUGGUAAAACUUUUAAACUCUAUGACCGUGUCAGACUCCGAUUGA